AUGUUUUCGAAAAGUCGAAAGCAAUGUUCCUCAACAUCAUCAUCAAAUAGUACGCGAUCGUCAUUAAAACGUACGACAAACAAUGAACCAGCAAUAUCAUCAACAAGAGAACAUUCGUCUACGAAUACAAUUCCAACACCCUCGCCGUCAACUAACUCAUAUUUUGUUUUGCCACUAACAACUACAAACACAUCAGCGCAAAUUUCCAGUCAAAAAUCGUCAAAUUUGAACGGUACGGGAAACACGCGUCGCCGUCGGUUCUUCAAUCUUCUUCGUUUCACUGUCAGUCGUCCAGGAGCAGCAGUUCGUUUUUCUCGCCAACGUAGUACUACUAAUUCGUGUGCGUCAUCGAAACAACAAGCGCACUUGACAGCAUCAUCACUGACUCAUGAGAAUGCGACUUCAACUCUACUAUCAUCAUCUCCAACUACGAUUAAAGAUGAUCUAAUCGAAUCCGUAGCUGCAUCUGCGAAUGAACACGUAGUUAACAUAAUUUCAUCGCCGUCGACGACAGUCAACAUUAAUGAAAAUUCUUUAGAAACAUGUUUGCUAUGCUGUCACGAAUAUUCUUCUGAACAUUUUGAACAAUUAUCAUUAUGUUCACAUUCAUAUUGUCGAACAUGUUUGAAGAGUUAUUUGAAACUCGAAAUCACCGAAGGACGCGUGACACUCAAUUGUCCACAGAAUGAUUGUCCUGAACGUAUACAUCCAAGUGAUAUAUCGCGUAUAUUACAGAAUCAACCCGAUCUCAUUUCAAAGUAUGAACAAUUCAUGGUUCGACGUGUUUUGCAAUCAAUAGCUGACACACGAUGGUGUCCAGCACCUGACUGUGGAUUUGCUGUUAUCGCUGCUGGUUAUGCAUCAUGUCCGGAAAUUCAAUGUCUUCGACCGGGAUGUAAUACAUCGUUUUGUUAUCACUGUAAAGCAACGUGGCAUCCGAAUAAAACGUGUGAAGAUGCAGCACGACAGAAGACGUCAAGAAAACUUCGUUCAGGAUCAUUUAUUAGUCUUGCGUCCGCUGCUCAACAAAAAGACGAAAUAAAACAGUGUCCAAGGUGUGAAGCAUCUAUACUUAAAAUGGACGAUGGUUCUUGUAACCACAUGACUUGUCCAAUAUGCGAAGCAGAAUUCUGUUGGUUAUGUGGACGUGAAAUAUCUGAUCUACAUUACUUGAGUCCGUCGGGUUGUACAUUUUGGGGAAAGAAGCAAUGGAGUCGCAAGAAAGUGAUUCUUUGGCAAGUAGCUACCUUAAUCGGCGCACCGGUUAUCAUUGCAUUGAUAGCUGGCGUCGCUCUCCCUGGUGUAGUUAUUGGUGUACCGAUCUGGGCUGGAAGAAGAAUAUUCAAGAAAUACAAUAAAUCUGAAAAUAGUAAAAUGAAAAGAAAUCUUCUUGUAACAUUGGGAGUUCUCGGAAGUGUUAUUGCCUCGCCAAUAAUCGCCGCUCUUGCUGUCGGAAUUGGCGUGCCGAUUCUUCUUGCCUAUGUUUACGGAGUUAUUCCCAUUUCACUAUGCCGUACAGGUGGUUGUGGUGUUAGCACACGGAAUGAUAUCUUAGAAGGUGAUAGUCCAAAUAUCGAUAAUUUCCUGCCGUUCUCUCUACGGGAAGUUGCCAUUGCCAGAGCUAUCCUCAAUGAUACGCAGAGUGUAAUGACACAUCCAACAAUUGGUGGCGAUUCGAAUAGUUUAUCGAAUAGUGUUGUCCAUCUGAUUGACGAUCGAAGUAAUGAAAGUACCAAAGCUUUGCCUGGUACUGGCGCCGUAUCACUUUGUGAAAGUAUACCAGCAUCGAAUCGCCUUGAAGUUCAAGCAGAAGUCAGCGAUUGUAAAAGUUUUGAUCUUGAAAGUAUCACCAUCAGUGAAAAGUCUUCAAAAACGAUGGAUAGUCUCAAAGCGUUGGCUGGUUCUAUCAAAGAUGCUUGUGCUGUACCUGGUGUCGAAUAUAACCAUGAUGCCGCAUCGGUUGGUAUUGGUGAAACAACAGGGCGCAAGUCAAGUCUUCUAAGCAGUGCAUCAGAUUAUGCGCGAUCGAUUAGUGUCGAUCAACAACAAUCUCAACCUAGCAAUUUGAAUCGUGCUGGCUCACCUUACAGUGAUAAGACAGUCUCGUUUUAUGUGGCUAUUCAAUUGAACCAAUCAACAUCCAAUCAAUUCUCAAUUAUUCUUUUUCGCUUCUAUGCCAAUCAUUAUUUCCUAAUCAACAAUACAAUAAAAUACGAUGAAAGAACUCGUCGAUAUUUGAUAUUCAUUCGCCGCGAUCGAUGUUUUCCUAUUUCCGGUAAUCCUAAGCGAUGCUAA